AAGAAGAAUUUGUUAAAAAUCAUUUCAAGAUGAUGGACUCAAAAUAUUGGCUCUACGUUUGUACAUUUCUGCUAGUGUCUAGUUUUGUAAUUUCAACACCUGUUCCUGUUGAAGAUGAAAUUGUUGAGGAGGCAAACGAUACAAGAAUUAUAGGUGGUGAAAAAGCUCAAUCCGCACAAUUUCCAUUUAUCGUAAACCUACGAUUCACAUCGAAAAAUGCACGCGGCGAAGAAGUUACUUCGAAAUUUUGUGGGGGUGCAAUUAUCGCUGAUCAUUGGGUAUUAACAGCUGCUCAUUGUAUUGUGGGUGAUAAAAGUCAAGGUAAAAAUUUAUACAUUUUGGGUGGGGCUGUAGAUGCGCAACCAUUAAUGGAUCCACAUGGAAUGGAAUUUAAAGUAAAACAAACAUUUAUGCAUCCAAAAUACGUCCAUGGAGGUACACCUCCACAUGAUAUAGGAUUGUUGUAUAUCAAAAUUAAAUUACCCUCCAAUAAGUUUAUGCAAAAAAUUAAACUACCAAAUGCCGGUGAUAUGCCUACUGGUGAGGGAACAAUUGCUGGAUGGGGUGCAAUGGAUUCAGAUGUUGGUGCAUCGCAAUCACGUUACUUGAUGACCGUUUCUGGGCCUAUUACAUCUUUAGAAGAUUGUAAAAAAUUCUAUGUAACCACUCAAAUGGAAAAACAAGUUUGUUUUGGUGGUAAAGGUAAAACCGCUUGUGGAGGAGAUUCCGGUGGUCCUUUAAUUCAAAUAAUCGAUGGUGAACCAGUUUUGGUUGGAGUCAGCUCAUUUACUCAACGCCCAUGUGGACAAAAGCCUUCAGUUUAUACACGAGUUUCAGCAUAUUUGGAUGACUUUAUUUACCCAACAAUUAAAAGUGUGGAUCCAGAUGCAUUUAAUUGAUUUGUAUAAAAUUAAAACAAAAAUAAAAUAGUUUCUAACAUA